AUGCUAAAACACCCCCUCCCAAACCCCUGCCUGUCCCUGCCCCCACCCCCCUGCCUGUCCCUGCCCCCACCCCCCUGCCUGUCCCUGCCCCCACCCCCCUGCCUGGCCCUCCCCAACCCCUGCCUGUCCCCCCAUCUGUACGGGAUCUGUCAGCAGCCCCUCAUCCCUCGUCACCCACACAGCUUCCUGAAGGUGCUGGUUCAGCUGUCUCCCUGUCCCUGGACCCCCCCCCCCCCUGCCUGUCCCUGUCCCUGCCCCCCCUGCCCCCACCCCCCUGCCUGUCCCUGCCCCUGCCUGUACCCCAUCUGUACGGGAUCUGUCAGCAGCCCCUCAUCCCUCGUCACCCACACAGCUUCCUGA